UCAACGUUCAACAUUGGACGCGACGCCGCAGUACCACGGUCAUGAAAUUUCGAAAACUUGGUGCGAGCGUGGUCACCAAUCAACUAACAGAGAGUUACUGGUUAGGCUCUGGCGACAAGCAGAGAAUGGUACUAGUAUCAGGCGCCGGGAUGUUAUACAUUUAUAGUGUGCUGUUUCUCACCUUCGACACAAGCCUGCAGAGACGCUCACUCAAUAAUCGACUGAACCCCAAUGGAAUACAGUCCAGGAUCUACCACACGACUUCAGCCUGAGGUGAUGCCAUCCAAAAGCCCAAAGUCAAGAAAAUCCAAUGAAUCGAAGAACAACCCACAUACUAAACAACCCUCUUCUGAAAUUAAGGAGUCACAGGCCGAAAAUAUGAGCCAACUGCUGAAUGUCACUAUAGCAGGCAUCAACGCCGUACAAACCGUCGUACCUAGUGACCUGGCGAAAGGUAUACUCGGAACAGUCGCCAAUAUCCUGAUGGUUGUGCAGUCGGUGAUCAAGAACAAAUCCGAUUUCCGGGCGAUAGUCAAUAAAUGUAAGACCAUCGGGGAAAUUCUCGAGAGGGUGACCAAAGACACUACCAACGACAAUCUGCCAAGAUAUUUGGUCCAUGCUUUAUCGACACUUAAUUCAUCAGUUAACGAUAUCAAUAAUAAGGUGGUCUCAAGGAAGGAGCAAGGAUUGUUGAAGAGGUUCUUCUCUGCCACGAUUGAUCGCGACCAGAUUGCUAGUUGGGAAAAGGACAUAGGCAGUGCCCUCGAACUCUUCAAUACUGAAGCGAUCGCUGGCAUUGCCAUGAAGGUGGAAAGGCUUACUUUGGGACUCGACGGCAAUAACACUAGUGCCAAUAUUCUAAAGUAUCACUCAAUCGAGCCUCCAUCACGACCUUCCAUGUUUUAUGGCCGCGAUGAUCUCGUGGCAGAGUUGACGGCCCUCAUUGUCAACGGUGAACACAUUGCAUUGAUCGGUCCGGGAGGCAUGGGAAAGAGUUCUCUUGCCACAGCCAUCCUUCACGAGCAGCUUAUCAUCGACAAAUUUGCUGAUCGGCGCUUCUUUAUGGCUUAUGAUGAUCUAGAUCCUUCGACCAUCACAUUCGAAACUUUCAUGACUCAUUUCGCGGGAGCCCUUGGCAUAGAGAUCACCGGCGCUGAUCCUUUGCGCCCAAUAUCUACCUUUCUUCAUUCCGCUAGCGCCCUUGUCGUCCUCGAUAAUGCCGAGACCUUCGAAGAGGCCAGUGCGUUGUCAGCGCUCGAAAAAAUACCACCAGCCAUUGCCAACAUUGCAAAUAUCCCUGGCGUUGUUCUGAUCCUCACGUCACGCAGUCGAAGGAAUGCACCGAACGUGCGAUGGAUAAUGAAAGAUAUGCCGCCAUUGGACUUGAGUUCUGCAGAAAGACUGUUCUUUCAAACUUAUCCUCGCGCCCGUUGCAGCGAGUCCGAGGAAGAAAUAAAUGACCUGCUGAGGGAAUUGGAUUUUCACCCCCUUUCCAUUAAUUUACUCGCACACACUGCGCAGCAAAAUGACUGGUCUCCAGCCGUACUGCUGAAGAGAUGGAACGAUCGGCACAGUGCCGUGCUCAACCCCGGCAAGGGAAAGCUGCAAAGCUUGUCAGACACCAUGCAGCUGUCACUCGACUCACCAUCCAUCCAAGCUCUUGGCGAGGAUGGUCGUCGUACUUUAGCCAUAAUCGCCUUCUUGCCCCAGGGUCUCAACGACAACCUAGCUGGCGAUUUGUUGCCAUCGCUCCAAGAAGUCGACACUAUAUGCGAUGUUCUACGCAUGCAAUCUCUUGUUUAUCGUCAAGACAACUUCAUCAAGGUGCUCGCGCCCAUUCGACAUUAUGUGCAAGAUUCGUUGCCACCACCUGAUUCCACACGUUUGCGAGAGAUACGCACCUUCUACUAUCGCACCGUCCAGCAGUGUUCGGAAGAACAAGACGGUCAUGCUAAUAUCAUUAUCUCGGAUCACUUCAACAUCGAGCGUGUCGUUGCUUUCGACCUCGCCCAUAUCCCUGAAGAGACUUAUCGCGCUUGCCCAAAAUUUUUGAAUUGCUUGAAGUGGCAUCUUCCUCGCCCAACUACCCUUACCCCCGCUAUUUUCAAUAUCAUCGAGAACUCCUCCACGUAUAAGCUCAAAGCAUCCUGCUUGUAUAGGCUUGGCUGGCUCUACGACACUCUCUCCCAGCACACAGAGGCAAUGAAGAUUUUCGAAGCUGCUGGGGCACUCUAUCUCGCCACCGGCAACCACGAAAUGGUGGCCCAAUGCGUUACCACUUGUGCAGACAGAUACAGAUGUCAAGGCCGCUUCAUUCAAUCCCAACAGCUUUUAGAGGGCUUUCAACGCUCCGAGUCGUGGGAGUAUCUCAGUGAACCAACGAAAAGCCGAGUUUGGUAUUUCUUGGAUAGGGCUCGGAUGUACACAUUCACAGCAUCUGCGGACGAAUUAUUUGUGAAGUCCUCGGACUCGGAAGAUCACCGCAUUGGCUUGUCGUCCAAGAUUUCGCACUGGCGGGCCAAACGCUACUACAGGCAAGACAUUGUCCAGGUGAACGAGCGCUUAAAAGACCUUCUCCUACAAUGCACAUGUACUCGAGUCUACUUCGCCCGCCGCGACGCACUUAAGGGGCUUGCAGAGGUGGCAUUUUGCGAAGGCAGGCUAUCCGAAGUCAUGGAUACCCUACAGAAAAUCGUACAGAUGUUCAAGGGAGAACAUUCACACAAUACCUUGUGGUAUAUCGUGUUGAAGGCCGUUGUUGCAGGCAAGCAGGGGGAUCAUGCCCUUGCGAGGGAGCUCAUCUACAAAGCUCCAGAAUCCCUCCAAUCCUUUGAGCUGCGCAGUGCAUCCGUAUUUCUCCACAGAUCUUAUUGCUCGGCAUGCAUCGAGCUCACUGCGGGCGCAUACGACAAGGCCGAGUCCCAUUUCAUAGCUGCCAUUGAAGGUUGUGAUAUCCAAGAACAUCUUAUUUACAAGGCGUAUAGCAAACGGGGACUAGGGGAGAUUGCCUUUGUGCGUAGUGACUUCGCGUUGGCUGCACGAUACUUCACAGAAACACGGUCUUUGUGCACUGAGAUGGGAGUGCCUGAGCGACAUUUGUACAGUUGCGAUGUGUUCGUUGUUCUGCCAGACAGAUUUAUUGCAUGGACACUAUUUAUAGAGGGUCAGUCGCCAUUUACGAACAUUAUGUAGAUCAUAUACAUGUACAUGUAACAACAGCCUGUCAUUGUAUCUGGGACGAUUGUACGAGUGGCUUCAUCAUGAUAUAUCUAUGACAAAACAGUGAUGAGACGAACGCGGGAGAUGAGUGAAGCGGAACGCAUGGAACUUUAAGCUUCAAGUGUUACUGGGAUUGCUAUGACACGGGAAGGCUGUGAUACAGAUGUGUUAUAGAGAACGCGUCUGUUCUUAUCAUCACAUAUCUCACUUCCACUUUCAUAUGGUAGUGCGCGAGCUGGAUCUGCGACAUCUCCUCAGAUCGAAGG